AUGGCGAGGGAGUUCUGCGAAGCCGUGGCGGAGGGCCGCGAGUACCAGAUGUCCAACGAGGACCGCAGGUCUUGGAUGCCCGAGAGCAGGCCGCACGAUGACGGCAUCUUUCUCGUACAGACCAAUGCGAAGAAGGACGGCAGUCUGUUCAGGAACAUGUUUUACUUGAAGCCGAUUGGAAUCGAGGAGAGGAACUACAUCGUAGGCCUGCAGACGUCGCUGGACGAAGCUGACGCCGAGAAGAUGGCCGCAGCGCACGAUGCGUGCAGCACCCUCGACGAGAACAUGAUCAAGUUAGAGAAGCUGCUUGCGGGCAAGUUCUGGAUCUACACAUCGAUGCGCAGACAGGUCAACGCGUGCGAGGAGAGCUGA